CUAGGGGGCGCCCGGCCGGUACGACGAACGCCGCUGCAGAAUGACGCAGAUGACGCCAGAGAUGACACCAGGCCGCCAGCUCGCGUAGGCUGCACUGCCGCCCCGCCCGCGCAGGUCUCCGGUGCGCUCGGCGCCGCCACUGUCCCCGGGGACGCGCCCCGCCUCCUGCGCUCCGCCCCUCGCCGCGCCGCGCCCCGGUUCCCACGGCGCCCGGCACCGCGGAGCAGCUCGCCUGCCCUCCCCACGAGCAGCCCGGCGGGGCCAGGCCGCGCGAACAUGGCGCUUGUCCCCUGCCAGGUGCUGCGGGUAGCAAUCCUGCUAUCCUAUUGCUCCAUCCUGUGCAACUACAAGGCCAUCGAAAUGCCCUCGCAUCAGACCUACGGAGGCAGCUGGAAGUUCCUGACCUUCAUUGAUCUGGGCCCUGAAGACUCAAAAGGGAACACACACAUCAUAAGGAAACUCCAGUGAGCUGUUUAUGUUUGGCGAUUGGCACCUUUUCCACCGGGCCUGUGUAUUCCUCGCCUGUCUGCGUCUGUGACAAAUACCAGAGAGAAGUAACUUCAAGGUUAUCCAGGCCGUGUUCUUCGGCAUCUGUGUGCUGACUGACCUCUCUAGUCUUCUGACCAGAGGCAGCGGGAACCAGGAGCAAGAACGACAGCUCAGGAAGCUCAUCUCUCUCCGGGACUGGACGCUGGCCGUGCUGGCCUUCCCUGUCGGGGUUUUUGUUGUUGCGGUGUUCUGGACCAUCUAUGCCUAUGACAGAGAGAUGAUAUACCCAAGAUUGCUUGACAACUUUAUCCCAGGGUGGCUGAACCAUGGAAUGCACACAACGGUUUUGCCCUUUAUAUUGAUCGAGAUGAGAACAUCCCACCAUCAGUAUCCCAGCAGGAGCAGUGGACUCGCCGCCAUAUGCACCUUCUCCGUGGGCUAUAUAUUAUGGGUGUGCUGGAUACAUCAUGUCACCGGCAUGUGGGUGUACCCUUUCCUGGAACAUAUUGGCUCAGGAGCCAGGAUCAUCUUCUUUGGGUCAACAACCAUCCUAAUGAAUUUCCUGUACCUGCUUGGAGAAGUACUAAACAGCUAUAUCUGGGAUACACAGAGAACAAAGGCUCCUUCUUGUCAAGACACCCAAUCUUCUCUAAGCUGUGCCAAACCUGUCCAAAAUCUAUGUAAAGAUACAUUCAUGCUGGAAGGUGGGAAGGCGAGAGCUUGAACGUGUGGUGAUCUGAAUCGGACAUAUGGGGCUUUCAGAGAGAUCUGGGCAUCGCCACGGACAUAGUCCAUCAUUCUGGCUAUCACCUAUAAGUGAACUGUGAUCCACUAAUGCUGAGCACCGACUGAGGACCAGUCAUUGUGCAGGACCUCAGUGCACUUGACUAAUAAAGUGGUUGCCGCAACAGUCACGGAAGCAGACUGGUUUUGUGUGUGCUUCUUCGGAGACUGCGUGACUCAACAUGUCAGCCAAUGCUAAAUGACCCCAGUUUUAAUCUAUUCAGGCCACAGCUUGGAGAACCAGACAUUAAUCUGUUCAUGAUGUCCCCCGCCCACCCCCCCACACACAUACCUUAUUCAACAGAAGCAAUAAUCUUUCUCUCUUAAAUUAUAAAAUUGUGUGGUGCACUUAAAAAAAAUUUUUUUUUGAAAUAAAAUACAAACUUCCCUUACCUUCUUCAGAGAAUGGCUGCAGUUAGAUUUAAGCUUUUAUGUGCAACCCAGGGAAAAAACUUCUGGCUUCCUCUGUCCCCUUGAUGUCCUCAAUUCUGGAGACAUUUGACCAUAACUCUGCUGCUGCCUUGAGAAGAAGGCUUGAGUGGCAGAACUGGUAAAUAUUCAAUCUGGAUUGCAAAAUGCUGCUCGCCAGCGGCCUUGAAUUGGAGUUAAAAGUGAAUAGCUACAUUGAAAUUUUUGUUGAUGAUGAUGGUGCUUGCUUGCUUGCUUGCUUGUUUGUUUUUAACUGUCUGUGCUGGCUAAGUAGUCUCUACCUUUUUUUACCGGGCAUGUAUGAAAGUCAGUCACCAUUUGAUAACAUGUUUCCGUACAGAGAAUAAUUUGGUCUACAUUUAUGUAGUGGAGCCCCUAGAAGCUGUUGUUUGUAUCCAACCAGCAUCUUCCCCCCAAGGGCUUUCCCACAAGUGUGUGUGUGUGUGUGUGUGUGUGUGUGUGUGUGUGUGUGUGUGUGUUUUCAUCUGAUGCUCAUGUGCCUGUCUCAGAGUCAUGUUUUAGAAGCAGGUAACUUCUGUCUGCUUUCCUAAUUCACUUCAACAUGAAAAAAAAAUGCAGACCAUUACAGCUGGGGGAAGAAUCUUGGAAAUUAUUUAAACCUAUCCUUUCCUUUGCAGAGGUAUCUGAGGCCUAUAAUUGACCUAUUCAAACAGUUGCUGGCAAAGCCAGUGGCUCCACACAAGGUUCAUCCCCUGCCACUUCUAGUGAAUGAUCAGAAUGUCACCAUGAGACAAAAUGAGCCUGUUUUGGGGGAAAUACAAGCCCUUAAAACAAGCUAAAUUUAACGUAAGGUGGAGUUGUAAGACCUGUUUGUGUUUACUCUAACAAAAGACCACAAGGUGGGCAUCUUAAACAAUAGGAACAGGUUAAAUGUCAUAAGCAGAUGUCAGAAGGUCAAAAGCAAAGUCUUGUCAGGAUUGGUUCCUUAUGAGAUCGUUAAGGGGAAGACAGCCAUAGGCUGUCCUGGGCUAGUAGUUGCUCAUCUUCAUACUCAAAGAUGUAUAUGUCCUGUAUAUGACAUGGUCUUCCAGUUUUGCUGUUUAGAAGGUGUCUUAGUCAGGGUUUCUAUUCCUGCACAAACAUCAUGACCAAGAAGCAAAUUGGGGAGGGAAGGGUUUAUUCAGCUUACACUUCCAUACUGCUGUUCAUCACCAAGGAAGUCAGGACUGGAACUCAAGCAGGUCAGGAAGCAGGAGCUGAUGCAGAGGCCAUGGAGGGAUGUUCUUUACUGGCUUGCUUCCCCAGCUUGCUCAGCCUGCUCUCUUAUAGAACCAAGAUUACCAGCCCAGAGAUGGCCACAAGGGGCCUUUCCCCCUUGAUCACUAAUUGAGAAAAUGCCUUACAGUUGGAUCUCAUGGAGGCAUCUCCUCAACUGAAGCUCCUUUUUCUGUGAUAACUCCAGCUGUGUCAAGUUGACACAAAACUAGCCAGUACAGAAGGACAGCAGUCAUAUUUGAUGACAAUCCCCCUAAUGGCUUCUUGUUAACUUUGUCAAGACUUCAUCCAAAUAAAGUUAUAUCUGGAGACACUGGGAAUUAGGAAUCAGCAUCACAAGUUUAGGAUUCUAAAUAAUUCAUCCUGUAAUAGUCCCCGUAUCAUAAAUGUCUUUCACACAUUCUCCUCAUCCCUGUGGCCUCAAAGAGUCAUUCUGGAAUAAUAACAACAACAACAAUAAUAAUAGCAAUAAUAAUUCUGGAAAAAUUAUAACAACAACAACAUUAUUGUCCCUACAUAUGAUAUAAACCUAUAAACCAUGUAUGGGUAAGAUUUGGUCAUAAUUCAUCCCAAAGCAAAAUUGUUCUCCAGGUUCAUGUAAACCUAUAAAACUGAACCAAAAGUUACCUCCUUCUAAAACAUGAUGCUAGUGCAGACCUACAAUGGGCGGUCCCCUACCAAAUGGGAAAAAAGAAAGAGACUGAAGGGAUCAUGGCUCCCAAGCAAAUAUGAAUGCAAUCAGGGUAAAUUUCCUUUCAUUUAAAGACUUGAGAAUAAUCCCCUUAGGCUGAAUGCUGUGGCCCCCAAGGCUCACAAGGAGGGCCUGGGCCCUGGCUUCCAACCCCUGGAGAACAGAAGCUCCAACGUCCCCCAAAUCCUGGGCAGGGAUCAUGGUAGGGAGUAGGCUGUACUCUGAAGCCAAAGAGGGACUAAAGACUGAAAGCCCUUGACUCAUUGGUCCUUCAUUUCAUGCUGUGUUUGAGCCUUUUUCCAGGCUGGUCCUUUAUUGGGGUCUAAAACUCUCAAAGACGAUGCUAGUUCUGCAAUUCAAGGAGACCCACACCAUCAGAGAUGAUCUUUCAGAGGUUUUGCAUGGAUGACUGCUGUUCAUUCUGGCUUCUGCUGCAGUAUUUUCUUAAGGAAAAAAAAUGUCUGACCACACCCUGGGCAUUCUUACACAUUUUGAAGUACUGUGGGUACUUUGGCAUGUGAUUGUACAAGUCAACCCAUGACACCUGAAGCAUUUGUGUCCUCAGUGAAGACUCUUCUAACCCCAGUAGCUCUGACUAAGGCAACUGUUCUCACCAGAGCCAGAUUUUAAGGCCAGAAAGAAGACUGCUCAAGAGUGAAAGGUAGAGAGAGACAAGGGAAGAAAGAAUAGCCAAUAGGAGGUCAGGGGAGGAAGUUAGACCCAGGCCUCCAUGUGGAGAAAUAGGCCCCUUCUCCAUAAUGUCCAUCCAGGUUGCCUAGCCUCAUAGCAGAAACACCAGGUUCGCCCUUUCUGAACAGUACCCCCUACUGUAAACAAUCUCCCUGCUUUGGAAUAUGUCUGGAUACCUUCUUCAUGGUCAGUCUUGGCCCCUGUGUUCCACAGGUAUAGCCUGCCUCAGCUCUUCGAUGGGUCUGUCUGUUUUUGUUUUUUGUUGUUGUUGUUCAUUUGUUUGUUUUUAGUUUUUCUGUUGUUGUUCUUUUGUGGAAAUGAAUUCAGUUCUUUCAUCAUUUA